AUACGGUAGACUACCACGACCCGAAUUCACGUGGAGUUCAGUGCCCCCAAAUUACAAACAAUAGCUUCUCUUUCACACUACCAGUUAUGGCGCUAAAAUCACACUGAUGUAAGUAGGGUUUUCAGUUUUCUUAAAGACCUCCCCGCCAUUUUCGAACAAAAAGCCAUCUCAUUCAAUCCAUCAUGGCUAACAUUGGAGAUGAUAACAACAAUCUCCAGGUGACACCUUCAAACCCUAGCCCUAACCCUAAACCCGACAACAACAACAUCACCCCCGUCGCCGAUGGCGAUUUGUCUGGUUCAUCGCCGAGUCCUGUAGAUUUUAUACGAUCAGUGGCUUCAAAACUCGCAUCUCAGCCUUUACAGUACUCUGAACCUGAUGUAUGGGGGGUACUCACUGCCAUCUCUGAAAAAGCCCGCCGUCGCCGUCAGGAAAUGCUCCAUACUGAGAAACGUUUUGACUUCGAAACUGAGGGACUAAAUAUGCUUUUGACUAGUGAUGAGCAUCUCAUUGGCCGAAUUGUAGCAGAUAAACGGUUUGAGAUUUUGUCAAAUCAAAUUAGUUCACGUCAUUGCAAAAUAUAUAGGAAGAAGGUUGCUACAGAAGAUGCAGAAGGUCAAUCCAAACUCUUAAAUUGCGGCUUCUUGAAAGAUACUAGCACAAAUGGGACAUAUCACAACUGGCAAAAGUUACAUAAAAACAGUCCUGAGUGUAAACUAACUCAUGGGGAUAUCAUUUCAUUUGCAGCACCUCCUCAACAUGCAGAACUUGCUUAUGCAUAUGUGUUCCGAGAAGUUCUUAAUCCCCCUACAGUGUCUGAUAGCUCGCCUUUAAAAAGAAAAGCGGAUGAGCUUGGAUCUGAAACCAAAAGGCAAAGAGGAAUUGGUAUUGGUGCUUCAGAAGGUCCCAUUUCUCUUGAUGAUUUCAGAAGCCUUCAACGGUCAAACACGGAAUUAAGGAAGCAAUUGGAAGAUCAAGUUGCAACCAUUGACCAAUUGCGAAGUGAAAAUCGUGCAGCCAUUGACCUUCAUGAAGUUGAAAAGAAAAACUUGAAGGAGUCGAUUUCAAAUAGUUACCAAGAUGAGCUCAAGGAGAUGCGAAAUGUAAUUGAAGAAAAACAGAAGGAAUUAAAUGAAGUGAAUAAAAUAACUUCUGAACAAAAAAGUGCUAUGGUGGAUCUUAAUGAAAGACUUAAUGCGUCUAUGCAGUCAUGUACAGAAGCAAAUGAAAUAAUGCGUAGCCAAAAUGCAACCAUAUCUGAGCUCAAGAUUCUUCUAGAUGAAGAGAGGGAUCAAAGAAAAGAGGAUAGAGAAAAAGCUGAUGCAAACUUAACAGCCUCAAUACAAAGAGUUAAAGCAGAAGCCCAAGAGGAAUUGAAACGCCUCUCAGAUGCUUCUCUUAGACGUGAAAACGAGCAACAAGAAAUUAUAAAUAAACUUCAGGAAUCGGAGAAAGAAAGGUGUUCAUUGGUGGAGACUUUGAGAUCCAAAUUGGAAGACACUAGGGAGAAAUUAGUUGGCUCUGAUAAUAAGGUUCGCCAGCUGGAAUCACAGCUUUCUCAAGAGCAAGUGGUUUCUUCUGUUGGUAGAAAAAAAAUACAAGAACUUGAAAAUGAAAGUAGCAGAUUGAGAAAAGAACUUGAAAGCGAAAAGCAGGCAGCUAGGGAAGAAGCCUGGGCUAAAGUUUCUGCCCUUGAACUUGAAAUCAAUUCUGCAAUGCGCGACCUUGAAUAUGAAAAACGAAAAUUAAAAGCCGCCCGUGAACGAAUAAUGCUUCGGGAAACUCAACUCCGGGCUUUCUAUUCAACAACAGAGGAAAUCUCUUUAUUAUUCGCAAAGCAACAAGAACAGUUAAAAUCAAUGCAAAGAACACUAGAAGAUGAAGAAAAUUACGAAAACAUAUCACUAGAUAUUAACCCUAAUAUCAACAAUCAUACAAAUUCUCUCCACCAAAACAAACAACCAAUAAACUCCCACUGCAGUGGCGGCAGUAAGGCGGCAGACUCCACCACCUCCACCAAAAAACCCGACAACAAUCACCCAGAAACAUCAACCGAUGAAGAUGAAGCCAGCAUGACCGAAAAACACGAAUGCGGUGCCCGAAAUCAAGAAACAUGUGAAGAAACACAAGAAGCAGAAUUCGGGCAGUCUGACCCACCGGUUACCAAGGGCGGUUUUGGAUCCGAUAUUGAUGGUUUUAACACCGCCCCUAUAGGAACCGAAACUCAAGGACUCGAUCAGAAUAUUGAUUUGAAUAAGUUAGUGGAUGAUACGAUGGUGAUCGAUGAUGAAACCGAGAGGGUUAAAAUCGACAAUUCACAUUUACACCACCGUGUGGUGGUGGUGGAGGAGGAUACGGAGGCCGGAGACACCAUUAAAACCGGCGACCUUUUGGCUUCGGAGGUGGCCGGAAGUUGGGCGUGUAGUACUGCUCCUUCGUGUCAUGGUGAGAAUGAGUCUCCGGGAAGUGGCGGCGGCGGCGGCGGCGGUGGUGGUGGUUUGAAUGAUUCGGUUGUGGCGGAGAGUCAGACGGGAGUUGGGAGGAAUCAUGAACAUGAGGCGAUUACUAAGAUGAUUGGGAUUGUUGCCCCUGAAAUGAAGGGUGAAUUUGGAGGUGUUAUUGAGAGUGAUAGUGAAAAAGCCGUUGUAUCCAAUUCAGAUACGGAGGAUUGCACUGAAGAUGAAGGCAGUGAAUCUGAGCCGUUGGAUCAUGAUCAAAAAAUGGUUGAUAAAAUGGACGGCGAUGAUAAUGAUGAUGACGAUGAGGCAACACAGCAAGGUUCAGGCUAAAUUGCAUCGAAUGGAUUCUUUUAAGAUCUGAUGAACUAACAGAAAAAAAAAAGCAAGGGAAGAGAAGUUCAGGGGGGCUUAUUGUAGUUUUCUAGAUUUUUAAAUGCAUACCCUUUGAAAAUUGAGAUAUUCAUUUUUAUACCCUUGUUUUGUGUGAUUAACUGAUUAUUCUUUGUAUGCUUUGUAAAUGUGAAAGGUAGGGACAUUUGAUUUUA